CGCGCCUCGUUUAAUCCGCUCAGUAAACAACAAACAGGUCAGCGGCGCGUCGUCAUUUCUCGGUGCGAGCCGUCGCUCAGCGGACGUUGUUGGACAGCGGGUCGUGUUUCCGCCUCGAACACCGACACAGACCGAGCUCAAUGUUCGCAGAGAAGAUGCUGGUGUCUCCGUGGGAGCGCUGGUUCUCCACCAGCUGCUGCCUGUGCUGCCAUGUCCGCACCGGAACCAUCAUCCUGGGGGUCUGGUACAUGCUCAUCAAUGCCGUGGUGUUACUCAUCCUGCUCACGGCACUCAGUGAUCCUGAGCAGUACCACCUGACCAGCGCCGAGUUGGCUAAUGACCUGGAUGUCAUGGAUGAUGCAAACAUGUGCAUCGCCUCUGCAAUCUCUCUGCUCAUGAUACUUAUAUGUGGGAUGGCGACAUACGGUGCAUACAAGCUGCGUGCUGCUUGGAUUAUCCCCUUUUUCUGCUACCAAAUAUUUGACUUUGCCCUCAACGCCCUGGUGGCCGUCAGCAUCGUGGUUUACCCAAACACUAUACAAGACUACCUGCAGCAGCUGCCUGAUAACUUCCCGUACAAAGAGGAGGUCGGCGCUCUCAGUAAUGUGUGCCUGGCCCUCAUCGUGUUGCUCUUCAUUGGCUGCAUUCUUGGCUUCAAGGCCUACCUGAUCGCAUGCGUGUGGAACUGCUACAGAUACGUGAGCGGCAGAGGUGGUUCUGAAAUCCUGCUUUAUGUUACGACCAACGAUACCACGGUGCUGCUUCCUCCAUAUGAUGACAACGUCAGCGUCCCUCCCAAACAGGCUCCUCCAGCCUACACCUGUGCUACAGCAUGAAAACAUUCCCAGCCUCCUGCUGUUGAUAAUGCACCACACUGCCUCUUCCGUGAACAUUUUAUUCCUAAAUCUAACGUAGCAUACAGAUGUCCAUAUCCAUCUUAUGUCCACAUGCAUUCACCACCACGUGACCUGCCGUGUCUCCCUGGUAUAACUGACAAACUUAGAUCUUCCUCUGUUCAGUUUCGGGUCGUAUCAUUCCUGACAUCUCUCAGUAUUUUUAUGCGUUUGGAUCCUGGUGAAACAACAAAUAGAUGCUGUAGAAAGUUUGGCAAUAUAUAUUUUUAAUAAUCAUUUGUGCUGUGUGUCUGUAUUAGUAUCAUGUAGUUCCUGUAGAGACAUGUUUGUCUUAUGCACUAAUGCAACCGUGACGAGCUCGUCGUCCACCGUAAUGAAGCGUCAGAGUGUGAGACGUCAUCGUGUGUUUGCUUUCGUCUCUGCUCGUGAUCAGGGUUGAACUGCCUUCGUUCACAACUUUCUUUCUACAGAGGUGCACUUUAUCGGCUCACGUAUGAAGCGUCACCUGAAAGUUUCCCAAAGAGAAGUAUCUGCCUGUAUUCUGACAUGAACAAAGAGCAGCCUCGUGCACAUCAAACGUAUCGCCCUCUUAGAUGUUCUUUCUGCUGCAAACACUAAUGUGUGAUCACAAUCAGUAGUGUUGAAUUGUGUGUUAACCUUUAAAUGUGUGUUUUUACUGAUCGACAAGAAAUGUCUUCGACUGAUGCAAGUCUAUUUUUAAAGCAAAGA